AUGGCAGUCAAGUACGAGUUUCUCACGCUCCAGCAAAUAGAGCACUUUCUGAGGUACGGCUGGGGUUCUAUCCCAGAGUGUUUCACUAGAGAACAAGCCGAAGAGUGGACAAAAGAUCUAUGGACACGCCUUGGCUACGAUAGGAACGACCCGUCUACCUGGGUUUUGGAGAAGAUUAACAUGCCAACACUCAAUACGGUUGACGUCCGUGACUUAGCACCCAAGGCAUGGAAAGCCAUUUGCGAACUCUCCGGCGGCGAAGAUCGUGUUGCGGAAAUCUCUCGCUACUGGGGAGACAACUUCAUCGUCAAUUUUGGCAGCGAGAAGCUCAGUGGGAGGAUUGUGGGCCCUCGCGAGCUGGAUAACUGGCACGUUGACGGAGAUAACUUUAUCCACUUCCUCGACUCUCCAAACCAAGGCUUGCUGGUGAUUCCAUGCAUCACGGACGUCUUGGAGAAUGGGGGCGCGACGUACAUUUGCCCCGAUGGAAUCGCCGUCGUGGCUAAGCAUUUGCUAGACAACUCCGAGGGCGUGACGCCGUAUAUGGCGCGGAAAGGGGAGGAGAAGCAGUUUCACGAGUUUCAGUGGUUCUGCGAGCAAAUCAAGAACCCCGCCAAAUGCAAUCUGUUCCAACAGAUGACAGGAAAAUGCGGUGAUGUGGUUCUGAUGCACCCGCUCAUGAUGCACUCAGCUUCGAGGAACGCCCUACACACCCCUAGGGUUAUUACCAACCCUUUCGUGUCUCUGAAAGGGCCUUUCAACUUCAACCGCUCUGACCCAAGUGAUUAUUCAUUAAUUGAGAAGAAGACACUCAAAGAUCUUGGGGAGAGUUCAUUGCCCAACUGGAAGAUCGGGGGAGAGAGGGACAUUCUGAACCUUGGGCGCGUGGCGAUUCAUGAGCGAAUGAAGGAGAUGGAGCUACGGAGGCUAGCGGGAGAGAACAUUGGGCAUGUUGGUGAUUCUGGAGUCGAGGUUCACCGAGAGAUUGUAAAAGGACUAGUAUGGGAGACGCCUGAGCCAAGCAUGACUGCCCAAAAUGUCUAG